UUCUAGUUAUACCGUUGAACCCCAACUUCCCUAUUCCCUUUCUCUUCGUCUCGCCCUUCCCUUCCCUUUCCAUGUCCCCCGCUGGACAUAGCUGUCCAGUCUCCUCCCCCAUGUUACCCCCACUGCUAUUACCACAUCGGAUUUCCUCACCACAAAAUUAACAUUUUUAAACCCUUUCAUCCUCCCUCCUCCUCCGCUCUUCAUUUUCUUCCUCUUCUUUCAAUUACUCCGGCUAUGCUAUGGCACAGUUGCCGCCGAAGAUCCCAAACAUGCCGCCGAAUAAUUGGCCGGAAACCUUUCCCCCCACCACCACACUUCCGGUCACCCACCAAAAUCCUUCAUGGGUUGACGAAUUUCUUGAUUUCUCUUCCUCCAGACGUGGCUCUCACCGGCGCUCCGUUAGCGAUUCGAUCACAUUCCUCGAAAUGCCAAUGCCGGAGGAUGAUUGUCAAGGCUCCGACGCGGCUCCGACGACGGGAUCUGGCAACGAAUUUGAUAGAUUUGACGACGACCAAUUCCUGUCGAUGUUUAAUGACGAAAUCUCCGCCGCUGUUGCGCCGACUUUGUCGUCGUCGAACACCUCCACGCAGUCCGAUCACAACAGCAUUAACGACGAGAAAGACGGCCAACAAAGCCGGAACAAAAACGAAUCCGACGAAGUACAGAGUCAACAGCAAUCCAAAAUUCAAACGCAAUCCAACUCGCCGGCGCCGGCAGCCUCCGCCGAUCGGAUAACAGAUCCAAAAAGAGUAAAAAGAAUUCUUGCAAAUCGGCAAUCGGCGCAAAGAUCACGAGUGAGGAAGCUUCAAUACAUAUCGGAACUUGAACGAAGCGUCACGUCGUUGCAGGCGGAAGUAUCGGUGCUGUCGCCGCGAGUGGCGUUUUUGGAUCAACAGAGAUUGCUUCUCAACGUCGAUAACAGCGCCUUGAAGCAAAGAAUCGCCGCCCUUGCACAAGAUAAGAUUUUUAAAGAUGCUCAUCAGGAGGCUCUCAAAAGAGAGAUAGAGAGACUAAGACAAGUUUAUCACCAACAAAACAUCAAGAACAAUGACAAUGCACCGCCAUCGUCACCGCCUCCCACCGCCAUCGCCAUCGCCACUGCCACCAACGCCAAGCUUCCGAAUGUAGAUCAAAAGGGCCAAGUUCUUAACGUCGUCGUUUAGCGCACACACACCCUCCUCAAUGACCCAUGUGUGUGGUUGGGGCCACUUGAAAAGCCUUCCAUGAUUGAGUUGCA